GUCAGUUUGAUUGAUUCAUAUCUUCGCUCUGGCCUCUUUCAGAGAACUGAGGACGAGACAAUGUCACUGGAAGAUUUCCAUACCGCAGUUACUGAUGGUGAUUUUGCCAAAGUAAAGCUGUUGUUGUCGGCAGACAGCACACUUGUGAAUGAGGUCAAUGAAGUAAGCAACCCUUUGACUGUUUGCAACCAAUAACUUACUGCAGAGUGGAAUGUCUCCCUUACACCAGGCAUGUUUUCGAGGUCAUAUGGAUGUCGCCGAAUACCUACUGCAAAAUGGUGCCGACGUGAAUUCCAGAGAUCAGAAGCAGGGCUACACUGCACUGAUGUUCGCUGCAAUCACAGGUUGGUUUUUUUCGUCUAACCGUUUCGGAUAGGAAAUCGUCCGCUGACCAAGUUGCUUCUCCAACGGGGUGCUCGUAUCAACGAUACUAAUAAAAUAGGACGGACAGCCGCCCAGAUGGCUUCAUUUGUCGGUAAUGCCUAAAUCUCACCAGCUUUUUUUAUCGGUAACCAGGCAACCAUAGUGUGUCAACUGUAAUUAACAAUUUCCUGGAGGAAUAUGAACUCGAGUUCUAUACUCAGAGCACAGUCCCUACGAAACUCAGAAUCCAUACGAACACAGCCCGGGUUCUAUACGACUUGUUGCUUGAUAUCAACUUCACCCCUGUUAAAAUGUCACUUGAUUCACACAUGGCUGGCAGUCACCCGCUGGUGAUGCAUCGUGACACAAUUAUAGGCGAAUGGAGACCAGUGGUUAAAGUAUUAGAGGACCUUUUGGAAAGAUAUUUUGUGCCUCAUCAAACUCAUGAGGCAUUGGCCUUAAAGUUCCACUUACUUGCCUGUUGUGUGCGGAAAGUAGGUGAAUACGCAGAAGAACACGGACUUUUGGCGAGUUUGGCUAACGCAAAGUGCGCUACGAGUGAACAAGCACCGGCAGGGCCCACUGUUUCCCAUUUGAGAGGACUAGUCAAGGAGUUUCUAAAUGGCACCGAUCCGCAUGGGUUUGCCGGUGGUCNCGCCACAUUUUGCCUUCUUUCCCGCACCAUGAGUCAACGCUAUGGCAAUAUGUCGUCAGGCAGAUAGUACAUCACGAUGCAUGUGAAGAAAGCCAACGCAUGGCAGCUUGCAAGGGCACCGUAAAAUGAGAAACUAAAGGAUCAGGUCAUUUCUACACAGAAUGUGAUAAACUGGUGUCUAAAACCACCCACCGAACAGCGUUUUUUCUCGUUUCGACCACGCAUUUGACCUAUUUAUUUGUCUGUUGGUACCUUCGAUUUUAAAACGUCUGAUGUAUUUUGCCCUAAUAUAAGAUAUUCUUGUUGAGUCCACC